GCGGCCUCGGCGCCUCCACUUCACAGCAUCGUGAAACUACGGGCGCACGGCGUUCAGGGAAUUCCGAGUGUGACAAGUGCAUGUGACGCGAAUGAACGAAAUCGUCCUUUUCUUGUGAAAGCUACGUGCGUCCCCUUGUUCGCGACGGGCCGUAGCUCGCGUCCCGGAGAUCGUUUUCAUGUUACAUCUCCUCCGAUCAGGAUAGAGUCCGUUCUUUCAGCCGAUCUGUCAUUCUUUUAGCUGAGCUGUCGUUCUUUCAGUUAAGCAGGCAAGAUGACUGGAAUUAAGAAAAUUUGCUGUAUCGGAGCCGGCUACGUGGGCGGACCCACGUGUAGCGUUAUUGCACUGAAAUGCCCGGAGAUUCAGGUAACCGUCGUCGAUAAAAGUAAGGAGAGAAUAGCACAGUGGAAUUCGCAGAAGUUGCCGAUAUAUGAGCCGGGCUUGGAUGAGGUGGUGCAGAAAUGUCGUGGUAAAAAUCUAUUUUUCUCUACUGAUAUCGACACGGCGAUCAAGGAAGCCGAACUGAUAUUCAUCUCGGUAAACACGCCGACGAAGACCUUCGGCAACGGCAAGGGAAGAGCAGCAGAUUUGAAGUAUGUAGAGAGUGCUGCAAGAAUGAUUGCCGAAGUCGCGACAGGGGACAAAAUUGUCGUGGAGAAAAGUACAGUGCCGGUACGAGCGGCCGAGAGUAUCUUAAACAUUCUGCGUGCCAAUCACAAGCCGGGAGUUUCCUAUCAGAUUCUUUCAAAUCCGGAAUUUCUUGCCGAAGGAACCGCUAUAGAAGACUUAGUCAACGCGGAUCGAGUGUUGAUUGGCGGAGAAGAUUCACCAGAAGGACAAGCAGCUAUCGAGGAACUAUGUAAAGUUUAUGAACAUUGGAUUCCACGGGAAAAUAUUUUGACUACUAAUACGUGGAGCUCGGAAUUGUCAAAACUUGCCGCAAACGCCUUCCUAGCUCAACGAAUAUCCAGCAUAAAUUCGUUGUCAGCGGUGUGCGAAGCCACAGGUGCCGAUGUGUCUGAGGUUGCUCGAGCAGUCGGACUUGAUUCUCGGAUCGGUUCGAAAUUCCUCCAUGCGUCAGUUGGUUUCGGUGGUUCCUGCUUUCAAAAAGAUAUUUUAAAUUUGGUAUACAUUUGCGAAUGCCUUAAUCUGCCAGAGGUAGCGGCGUAUUGGCAACAGGUGAUCGACAUGAACGAAUAUCAAAAGUCAAGAUUCUCCGCGAAGGUCAUAGAAUCCCUCUUCAAUACCGUGACUGACAAAAGAAUCGCCAUGCUAGGUUUCGCUUUCAAGAAAAAUACGGGAGAUACGCGUGAAUCACCGGCAAUUCACGUCGCCAAAACGUUGUUGGAUGAAGGCGCCGUUCUUCACAUUUACGAUCCCAAGGUCGAGGAAACUCAGAUUAUUCAAGACUUGACUCAUCCGAAUGUAACAAAUAGUCCUGAAGAUGUAAAAAGUCGAAUCAGUAUUUAUAAGGAUGCUUAUAGCGCAACAAAGAAUACUCAUGCAAUUGUGUUGUGCACUGAAUGGGAUGAAUUUAUCCAAUUGGAUUAUACACAGAUUUAUGCUGGAAUGAUGAAGCCUGCAUACAUUUUUGACGGAAGAAAGAUUUUGAAUCACGAUCAUCUACAAAGGAUCGGCUUCGUUGUUCAAACUAUCGGCAAAAGACUGACAAGAUUUGCUAUUUCGAGAGCGUGGGGUAGUCAGACGCAAAUUUAGAUAGGGGAAUAUUUCAAUUUAUAAACGACACUUCCAAUUUAAUGAACAAUCUACAAACCAUGUUUCAAGGAUUUCAUAAAAUUAAGUCGAGUAUAUUGAUGCAUUUUUAGGAUAUCGAAUUUUAUUAUUUUAACAAAUAUGUUUAUCUCUCGUAGAAUUAUCUUAUUGAUAUAGACUUGCACAUCACAAUAUAGAUAAUAUGAGAUGUUUAUUUUCUAUCAGUAUAGUAUAAGUUUGUAUAUAAGUUUAUAUACCAAUUUCUUACAUUGAUUUUACAUAGACGAAUCUAAAGAGAAGAGGAAGAUUAUGGGAUUGAAUAAACGUCUAUUAAAAUAUUUUUGCAAAAAUAUUUUAAUAAAAAAAAAUAAUUCCUUUAUGUGAAUGUAAAUUUUUACUUACUUUUUCUCAAAAGGACAUUUUACUUUUUACUUUUAUCUGUGAUACAUCGCCUUUGACUUUUCAUAAGUCUGAAUUCCUAAAAACAGGAAAGCUAGAUCCGUCUAUGUUGCUAUAUUACUUCAAAUAGUCAUGUCUAAUUAGAUCAAAACAUUUUUCAACAACUUUAAUAGUCUCAAUCAUUGAAUGAAUGAAGCGAGUGUACGUGCGAUGCAAUAUUAUGCGUGCGCAGUGAAAUGACGAGAAAUUAAAAAUCGAUGAUUUUAAAGCAUUAUGAACAAAUUAUACAAAUGCUAGUU